UCCUCAUAACAAGCAUGGCCAGCUUCCCUGUUUGCUUCUACGGUUUUGUGUACUACGCAUUACCAAUAGUCAGUGCUGUGUGUGCUUGUUGAUACAAGUUUAUUUUCUCAAAUACUUUUAUUGUUUCACUGUUCAACAGACAUGGAGGAAACAUCCAGCAAAGAAGACGUGAAAAUGGAAGUGACGAGCGAGGAAAGAAGUGAGAAAAUUCAUAGCAAAGAGACUGGAGAGCCAGCCUCUAGUAGCACAGGUGGUCCUAGCAGUGCUAAGGAAACCCCCACACCAAGUUCCUCGAAAAAGAAAGAACCCGUGUGCAUAAUCGUCUUAGGAAUGGCGGGAUCUGGCAAAACGACUUUUGUGAAGCGGCUCGAUUCAUUUCUCAAUGUGCGGAAACCCCAUAAUGUGGUUAAUUUAGAUCCGGCAGUGGAUCACGUCCCCUACAUGUCUUACAUUGACAUUCGUGAUACAGUCAAUUACAAAGAAGUCAUGAAGCAGUAUGGACUCGGUCCAAACGGUGGUAUUGUGACGUCGUUGAAUUUAUUUUCAACAAUGUUUAAUGAUGUGUUGAAAUUAAUAGAAAAAAAGGAACACGAAUUAGACUAUGUGAUUUUCGACACGCCAGGACAGAUUGAGGUUUUCAACUGGUCAGCAUCAGGGCCUAUAAUCGCAGGUGCAUUAGCCUCUGCGUACCCCACAGUAAUUGUUUACGUCUUGGAUGUAGUGCGCUCCGCUAAUCCACAGACUUUCAUGUCAAACAUGCUUUAUGCAUGUUCCAUUUUGUACAAGUACAAACUUCCAUUUGUUAUAGCAAUGAAUAAAAUUGAUAUCAUAAGCUGUAAAUUUGCAAUGGACUGGCUAAAGGACUUUGAAGAAUUUCAAGAUGCCAUGGCCUCUGAAUCUAAUUAUGCUUCAAACCUAACACGUUCAUUAUCUCUAGCGUUGGAAGAAUUUUACAAACACAUUAAGGCCUGUGGUGUAUCGGCGUAUAGCGGUGAGGGCCUGGAAGAUUUCAUGAAGCUCAUUGAUGAAGGAGCAGUUGAAUAUGAAGACUAUAGAACUGAAUAUGAGAUGCUGAAAGGUCAGAGAAAAGAAGCAGAAGCAAAACGUCAAGCAAGCAACAUCAAGCACAUAAAGAAGGACGUAGAAAAGGAAGGUCUGUGCUAUGUUCGACAGCAAAUUAGAGAGCAAACAGAUAUAUAUCUCACACCUGGAGGUGAUGAAGAUCAUGAAGAGGAAGAGUUAGACGAGGAUGAUACUGAGGAGAAGAAUGAAUUGGCAUCCUUUCAACAGUUUCUCCAGGAACAUAAGAUCAAACAGGAACAAAAAGCUAAAGACAGUGGAACACAGUGAACUUUUGGCCUAUGUUUAUACCCUUUUUUAUUCUGUCAUAAAAUUUGAAGCAUUGGAAGCAUUAUGAUAUGCACCAUACUGACUUUUAUAGAUCUUACUGUUGUUAAGGCUGCCACAGUCUCACAUAAGAUUUUAUUUUAUAUUUUUGACAUGUUUUUGUAACACUCAUCUGUAGGGAUUUUCUAUGCUCUUCAUUUUACUGGUGUGAUAAUGUCAUAAAUUCAUACAGUGUAAGUCAUAAGUAUCAUGUGACUUGGUAAGAAUAUGACAUGAACCUCCAGAUUGAAUGUGUGUACAGUUAAAUAUUGAAUACAACUGAUUAUUUUUAUGGAUAUUCUCAUGCAAUAUUUAGCCACUUUUUCACUAACUUUUGUAGUUUAAAUUCCCCUGCAUUCUCAGGCAUCUCUUGUUGUGGUAUUCUUAUUGUAUUACUUGGGAAUGAUGUUCUACUCUCAUUUACACACUUUCCCCCAUUAAAAAGUAAAUUAUUGUGGUACUCACACAUGUUAUAUUUGAUCUGAUCUUUGAGAAUUAGUGAAAACAUCAUGUAUUGUAAAAACUUCUUGUGUUAUUAAAUAUUUUUUAUUAAUGA